UCUCUCUAUGUUUUGUGCCCCUCUCUCCUUCCCCCCCUUCCUCUCUCUAGAUCGCCCUCGAUCUUUUUUUCGAUUUUCAGCUUCUCGCUAGGAUUUUGUCACUGUAACAGUAAAUCCUUAAACCCUUGUUAGUUUUCACCUCAAAUUUUUUUUCAAAAGAACCCUCGAGCUGAAGUCCAUCUCCUUUCUAGGGUUAUCAGAUCUCAAUCCAGAAUUUCACAUUUUAAAUCCAUCAAGAGUUUCAAUUUUGCUACCCAAUUUGAAGUUCCCCCAAAAAAUGUAAGUAACCUCUUAGUUUACUCUUACUGCAGCAACAAUUUUUUUUUUUUAUUGUUAAUAGCCCCUCCAGCUAGGGUUUCAAUAUUAUUUGAAUAAGUGCUGUGAAUUUUCGGCGCAAGGCUUGAAUUUUACUGCUGAGUUCUAGUAGGGUUUUUCGAGGUAAAAACCCUAAAUGGUUCUAGAAUCUGAAUAUGAGCGAUGGAGGUAAAGCGGAGAGUAAGAUAGGGAAAGAGAGUACAAUUACUCGAGCUGGUGAGGAUAAUUUUGGCCGAGCAAUAUCGAAAAUUGCAGUGGCGCAGAUAUGCGAGAAUGUUGGGUUUGAGAGCAUUAAUGAGUCGGCGCUUGAUUCCCUUGCUGACUUGGCCAUCCGGUAUCUCCUUGAUCUAGGGAAAACAGCCAAAUUUUAUUCAAAUUUAGCUGGUAGGACCGAAUGUAACGUGUUUGAUAUAAUUCAAGGGUUAGAGGAUUUGGGCAUGUCGACAAGGAUUUCAGGUGCUUCAGAGGUUGGUUUUAAUUGUGCAAUUAGUUCGGGUGUCGUAACAGAGAUUCGAAGUUAUGUGGAGUCGGCUGAGGAGACACCCUUUGCACAGCCAGUUCCACAUUUUCCGGUGGUCAGAGAAUGGAGACUGAUACCAAGUUUCUUGCAAAUGGGUGAGACACCUGGUUUUAAACAUAUUCCAAAGUGGUUGCCUGCAUUUCCCGAUCCUCACACUUAUAUACACUCAGCCAUGUGGAAUGAAAGGGUUUCCGACCCUCGCACAGACAAGAUUGAGCUAGCCAGGCAGCAUAGAAAGGCAGAGAGGGCUUUGUUGAGCUUGCAGAAGAAGCUUGUCUGUAAUGGGCUGUCCGUGGCGUCUACAUCUGCUGAACCAGAUGAUGGUAGGAACAGUUUGGAAGUUAAUGAUAUUAAGAACCAAAUUUUGGCUAAUCCUCUAGAAGAUGGAGAGCGGGAUGAUUCUCCUGUUGUUCUGCCUGGUAAUUUCUCUGGUGAAGCACAGAUGGAAAAUCAUGUUUCUUUGCUGGAGACAUUUGCUCCUGCGAUUGAGGCAAUGAAGGACGGGCUUUCUGAUUCUGGAAAUGAUGGAGAGAAGAGUUUUUUGGGCAAGAGGCCUGUCGUUCCACCUGCUAAGAUCUCUGGUGAGGCACAAACCGAAAAACAUGUUUCUUUGCUGGAUACAUUUGCUCCUGCAAUUGAGGCAAUGAAGGACGGGCUUUCUGAUUCUGGAAAUUAUCGAAUGAAGAGUUUUCCUGGCAAGAGGCCUGCUGUUUGUUUGGAGUUCAAGGGUGGUAAAAAAGUCUUUGGUGAAUCAUUGGAUUUGAGGAUCCGGAACAAUACUUUUCGUAAAACGGCACCCUGGUUUGGACGUGAGGAUGAGAAGGAUGACAAGAAGAGGAGGAUUGAGUUUAUACUGAGACAAUCCAUGGAAAACCAACAGGAGCUGACUUAGAUGUAUAUUAGUAGUUCAUUGAUUGACUUGGUGGAAGGGAAUUGUCAUACUCUGUUCAGAAAAAUAGCACUUGAUUAGGUUAGUCAAAACUUGAACUGUACUCGGCUUGUGAAUGUGUUGAGAAUCCAUUUAGGAACUGGACCCAUUUUUUCGAGGUAAGCAAAUGGUUAUUUCAGAUUUCUCCAUUCAGCUAUAGUGUGAUUUUUUCCCAAAGAAAUUGUAGCUUCCAUUAUUUUUUUAGUGAGAUGUUGAUCUUAGCUUGUGCAUUUUAUUCUCUGCUUUUGGUGAGCUGUUGGUCAUGAACCUUAUUUUAUAGCUCAAAUGUUAUUUAAGGUAGAUCUAUUCAAAUUU